UUGUCCUCUUGCUUUCCCGCUCUGCCCUGAUAAGGAAGCCUAAGCCUCUCAAUCUCAUAUUAACCGUUUUCUUUCUUCCAGCUCGUUUAAUGGCGAAAUCGUUCGAUCACACCACACACUAAAAAAAUUCGCAUGACGUUCCUUCGCAAUUGGGUUCGACGGAGACUUCGUACUCUGUUGCUCCCUUUUUCUCGGGAUGAACCUGACCUUCAAGUCGAAUUAGGGUUUACUGAUACUCUCAUCACCGUUCGGAAUUUUCGAUUCGAUGUUUCUCAGCUUAAUCAUCUCCUCGAUGGAUCGAAUUAUCCAUUCGAGAAAUUCACUGUCGACCACUUGGUUAUUCAGUUUUCCGUUUGGUCAGCUCCGGCGGUUAAAAUCGAAAUUCGCGGUGUCAAUGUCAAAUUGUCCGCCAGAGGAACGGAGGAAGGAAGCUCGAGGAGGAAGCGAGCAUUAAGUGAUACAGUAGCAAACGAGAUAAAGAAAGUUCUAUCGUCUAUUGAUCCCGAGGGAUGUGUCUUACAUGACAUUUUGGAGAAGAUGCUGGGUCGUAGCACUUCUCAGAUAAGUAAGCUCAAGACUUCUUUCUCGAAUCUUCUUCUCAGGCAUUUACGUAUCGAGAUACAUGGGAUUAAUGUUCAAUUUUGUUUACCGGGUUCAAGUGACUUGAGUUGUGUUCUGGAAAUCCAUGAGUUGAGGAGUGAUUCUGAGAAUUUGGGGAAUCUUGGUUUAGUUAGGAGUUCAGCUGCUGCAGUUUUGUUUCCUUUGAGACGUAGUUCGUCGACACUGAGUUGCGACAGUUUUAAGAUUGGAUAUAAGCGGAAUAACGAUAGCGUGGAACUUUGUGCAUUUGACAGCCUUUUCAUGCUGAUUACGCUGCAUAAUCUUCAACUUGUUGAUCUGAUUGUCCGCAUUCCAGAGUUAAGCUUUUCGUUUAGACCCACUGAUCUUCCGGUUUUAAUGGGACUGGCAAAUUUAUCAUCCAAAGAUAGCAAUUCUGUCAGAGAUGGACGUCGUCUUUGGAAAGUAGCUGCUCGCAGAACUGGCUUGAUGAUUUCACCUCACACUUUUCAGAAUGUAGUUAGUGCUGUUAUCCUCUGGCUGCGAUACGUGAAUGCUUACGAGUAUUUGCUAUCUUUAGCUGGGUACUCCAGGAAAAUCCCAGAGAAAUCAUUGCUUUGGAAAUUUUCAGAAAACAAAAGACAUUUUGGAACUGCAAGACGUAAAUGGGAGAUGAUAUGUAAUAUUGAGAAAGAACUCCCUGCCGAAGCUAUUGCACGGGCGCGGAGAGUAGCCAGAUACAGAACACGUCUGAAUUCUCAGAAUGUUGAUGAUAUUUAUGAGGAAUCUUCCCCUUACGGCCACUUCAAUUGUUUGUCUAAGAUCACAUGGGUUUUAGCUUAUAUCUGGAGACUUAUAAGUAGAACGUUCUUGUCUGUAGCCUGCUGUCUCUGGUUAAACAAACUGCUGACCCAAGAACUACAAACUGAUAGGAACAAUGAAGAUGAUUCCGAGCGGCUAUCCCUUGAUUUUCAUGCAGUUGUAAAUCUUGGGAAACUUUCAGUCUCAGUUUAUCCAGAGAAAAUGAUUUCAAAUUUUAUGACAACAAAAGACGGGACUGAACACAUGGACUCAAACGUUGUCAUGCUUUGCCUUUCGGUUGAUGAGUUUUUGGUAAUGUCUAAUGUUGGCUGUUUUACUCAGUGUUUGUCUGCUUCCUGUGGGAAACUGAAGGUUGAGUCCUCUAGUUUUAAUAAUGCCAGUCGUUUCAUGAAAUCUACGAAAGAUCCCAGUAGUUCUUCUGAAGGAAAUAAGAAGCACAUGCGUGAAGAUGUGAGAAUUGUUCUAGACAUGGACCCAGCACAGCGCAUAACCGGAACAGUUAACAAUGAUGGCAAUGAUCAACAUGAAGGUAUUCUGCGUCUACAGAAUCUUUUAAGAGAAAUGUGGUUGAACUGGAACAGCAAUUGCUUGAAGUUGGAUAACAGUACUUUUACAAUUUCUGAUAACCCUUGUCUACUCGUUGAUAUUAAUAGCUGCAUGGCAUAUGAGGAUGUUGGUAACCAAGAUUCCGAGUUCUGGAAAUGCAGCGUGGUAUUGGGAAAGAUGGAUAUUGUUUUAGAAUAUUCAUCGUUAUUUUCAAUGGCUUUGCUAAUUUGGCAGACUGAAUGGGCCCAGAAUAUAGACGAAUAUACUGGAGGGGUGCAUUCUAGUUCUUUAGUAACUGGUGGGGUUGAUCCUGAAAUGGCUAGUUAUGACGCAUAUGGGAUCUACAGAGGCAAUAUUGAACUGUCUUUGCAUAGAGUUCAUCCAGAGAGACAGAUUCAGGUUGGCAUACAUGUUGGUGGCCCCCAGGUCAAACUGUUAGUUGAGAAGGCUAAACAAGUGGAUAAUUUGGUUGGGAAGAAAGAUCUUCUAUUAUUUGAUUUCCAUGAUAUUGAGUUUGUUGUCUGGCCGACUUCAAAAUCUGACUUAGCGCCAUUAAGGAUGUUUCAAGGGCCUGAUAACUCAAGAACAGAUAGGCCUUUGCUUCAGGAGGUGGGGCUGAGUGAAACGGUGGUUCCAAGUUAUGAAAAAUAUGUUUCUCAAGGAUGGAACUCGCUGUCCUCACACCUAGGGUUUUCUGGUGUUGAUUGUUCUUUCUGCAAAAUGGCAGAAAAGAACUGGAGUCAAGUUUUUGUACUGAGACCCGUAACUAUCUGCUUUUCAUCCUUAAGAGAGCAUGUUUAUUCCUUUAACGAAGCUAUAACGGGUUUCUCAACUGGUUUGGAUGUGUUGGUGCUGGGACUGACUAUUGUAUCAAAAUCGGAUAACCUAGAUGCUUACUUUCAGAUGCUUCUAAGCUUAGUUACUGGGCUUUCACAUGGUUUGAGGGGCUUAGGCUCUGCGGGUCAUUCAUUGGGGCAAGAAUUUCUCAGGUCUGAUGCAGUGAAUGUGGAACAUGAGACCGAAAGGAAUUUCUGCAGAACUCCUUUUGUAGUUAAAGCGAGCAUUAAGCUGAAGGAUAUAGAUGUGAUAUUUGAUGUUCCUGCAGUAGAUGACAAAUUUGAGAAGCUAAUGGAGCUAGAUAAUUCUAAAAUCUGGUCAUCUGUCCAGGAAGCAUGCGUUGAAUUAUCUUGUGAAGAAGAUAAGUUUUUAGUCAAUGUUGAUUUGUGUGAACUCCGAUCAAUUCUCUUCAGAUAUAAGGGUAAUAUAUGGAAGAGUUCUGGCAACUUUAUCACAGAAUCUUUGCUGUUCAGGUCACAUGAUAUUUUGUUUGAAGCAUGUCUUUCUAGUUGCCUAUUGAGUGUGUUUAUGGAUUGUUUAAGUCCAUCAGCACUAGGGGACGUCAGUUGUAUGGCUGGUGAUUCUACAGGAAAUGCAUCAACCGCAAAUGAACCUUCUAGAAACAAUGUUCAGGUUCAGAGAGAAGCGAGCACGUCAGACUCUGCUUCAAUCUCUUUACCAUCCAACUUGACCCGUUGGAUACACGUCACUUUAGCAUUGACCGACUUACUUGUAGUUAGAGGCUCAACAAAAAAUGUUUUGGUGGAAAUCCGUCGGUCAAGUAAGUUUGUAGCAUCGGUAUCUAUUGGGAGAAAAUUUCAGUCACUCUCCUGUAUUGUUGAGGGUGGUCUUUUUGUCCUUGAACCAAAGGCCUUGAUAGGGUUAAUUCAUGGUUACUCCACGUACCUUUAUUUCAUUUCGAGUAAGGUGUCAGUGAUUCAGAAUGCUGCACCAAGUCUUGAGAAAUUCGAAGCUAAUUCAGGUGUCAGUGAAAUUAGUAUUCCCUCUCAACAAGAAAACUGGUUCCCCGUAGAAGCAUCUUCUAUAGAUGUCACCCAGUUUGCACUGGGAUUUGUCUGUGAUGAUGAAUAUGGAGGUAUAAGGGAAAUUGUUCUGGAGAUCACUCUCCACAGUUCCCUUGAUUCGUCAAGCGGAGAACAGAAGUUCCUUUGUGAGGUUUCUCGGCUAUCAGUUCUUUCUAAGAUUCUUGAGAGCGUGGAAAGGGACAUAGAUAUCACGCAAUUUUCUUCUCCAGCAUUUAGUGAAUCUUCUUCUUCUCUGUCUGGUGCUCCUCUUGAAACAUCAUUUCAGCAAAACGAUGUAAUCAGUUCAGGUGGUAGCACAAGUGUUUCAGCAGAUUUUGGUUCUCAAAGAGAAUUUUCUGCAAACAGCAAUUUACAGGAAGAAUUUCACUCUCGUAAUAAAAACUAUAUUUUGGAAGACCUACGUGCCUCUGCGUCUGUGAAGAAGCGAGAAAAUACCGGUCACCAGUUUAGUCAGGCAUGGGUCGGCGGUUGUUCUGUUCUGGGAUUCGAUAUUUCCAUUUCUCUGUCAGAAUUGCAGAUGGUACUUUCUAUGCUUUCAUCAUUUGCUGCGUUACCUGGAGGAGAAAGCACACAUGCUUCUUUAGAAAGGCCUUCUUCGUCCAACAGCGAAUCUGAAAGAAGUUUUGAGUCUGUAGUUCCCGAUGGAGCCAUUGUUGCUAUUCAAGAUACAAACCAACAUAUGUUCUUCUCAGUGGAAGAAAGGGGGGACAAGUGUGUUGUGACUGGUACCCUUCAUUAUUCUCUUGUCGGAGAAAGAGCUCUUUUCAGGGUCAGCUACCACCGCCAUCAAGGAUGGAAUUCAUCUACCUUAUGGUUUUCCUUGACGUCUUUGUAUGCUAAAAACAAUAAAGGAGAACCAUUACGGUUAAACUAUCAUUCAAGCUCAGACCUUGUGAACGUCUCUGGACUUUACGACAAUGCACCAGCACUCUUUCGAGCAUCUUUUGACGAAUCUGAAAAUUAUAAGGGUGACAUUGACUGGGAGACCUACCGUAAAUUGGUCAAAGAUAGAUUUUACCUUGUCAACAAGAAGAGUGAUUCAGCUGUUGCAUUUAUUGAUGGUUUUCCAGAAUUUGUCCGGAAGCCAGGAAGUCCAUUCAAGUUUAAAGUGUUUAGUGAAAGUUUGGCGACUCGGAAUAUUACACCUGCGGUUUCCUCUGAGAUCCAUGAGUCUGAAACGCAAUCCAUGGUGGACUCUUUCCCCCCUUCUAUUACCAUCACAAUUGAUGGGCUAUCUCUGACCAUUGUCCAUGAACUCUCAGAAACAAGGGACAGAUUUCCCCUUUUUCGUGGUUCAAUCAAUAUCACUCAGCUCACUGUACAAAUGCUAUCUUCUAAGGCCAGGAUUAUGAGCACAUUAAACAUACUAGUGCUGUACUUUGAUGCUCAAACAAACCAAUGGCGAGAAUUAAUUCAUCCAGUUGAAGUUAGUGCCUUCUACCGUUCAACUUUUCAGACUAAGGAUCUUAGAAAUACUAUGCACAAAGUACCUACCCAUAUUUAUUGCAGAGUUGGAAGGUUGGAGUUCUUUGUAACGGAGCUGUCGUUGGAUAUGCUCCUUUUUGUGCUUGGAAAACUGGAGGUUGCUGGUCCAUUUUCUGUGAAAACAUCCUCUAUUCUUUCCAAUUGUUGCAAGGUAGAAAACCUCUCUGGCCUUGACCUUAUUUGCCGUUUCAAUGAGAAGCAGACUGCCACAGUUGGUAGGAAGCAGACUGCUUCGAUUUUUCUUCGGCAUUCAAUGAACAAUCAACCAGAAGCUUCUCCAGUGGCUGCGGUCCAGCUAUCUUCUGGAAAGUUCCUAACCUCUUCCAUCAACGUUUCUUUGUUAGAAGCAAGAACACUAGCUUGGAGAACAAGGAUAGUAUCACUUCUAGAUUCGAGGAGUCAUCCUGGACCGUUUGUUGUUGUUGAUAUUAAGAAGGGAUUUGAGGAUGGUUUAUCAAUCUCAGUUUCUCCUUUGACAAGGAUUCAUAAUGAGACCAGUCUUCCAAUGGAGAUACGUUUUCAACGAUCUAAACAGAAGAGAGACGAGUUUGCUUCUGUACCUCUGAAGCCUGGUGGUUCAAUUGAUGAUUCAGUCGGAGCAUUUAAUGCCAUAAGCUUAUCAGGAGAUUUGAAGAAGGCGUUGACAUCCUUAGCUGUUGGUAAUUUCUCACUGUCGUUUAGACCUGAAUCUUUGGAAACUUUGUUUGAGGGUGAGAAGUCACUGGCAAGUGAAUGGUCAGAAGAGCUUGAAGGAGGCAAGGCGGUACGCCUAACAGGAAUUUUCGAUAAAUUAAGUUAUGGAGUUAAAAGGGCAUUAUCUAUCGAAUCAGUGAAGGUCUCCUUGACUACUACAUAUUGCUCUGUCACAUCUAAAAGUCAGUGUGUUGGUAAAGUGCAUUUUCUGAUCCAUUGCAUUCGGAGGGAAGUACCGAUCAUACGGCCUGAUGCAUCCUCUGAUGUGCUUGAGAAACAGAAAGCAUGUAUUGCAUUGCGAGAGCAGAAGGAAAUAUUUCUUUUGCCCACCGUGCAGGUGUCCAACCUUUUGUCCUCCGAAGCAGCCAUUUUCUUGACAGAGACUGGUAAUUGCAGAAAAGUAUGUUCUUUUUGGUUCUGGUUGGCGCAGGCAGCUGUUUUCACAUCGUACAUUCUUAAAAACGACUCAGAAUGCACCUUGUUCUUCUUUCCUCCUGAUCAAAAGCCUCUAUCCAGGGAAGAUAUGGAGAAACUUGAUCACAUUGUCCCCCCUGAGUUUGGAUUGUAUUUGCCCCCAAAGUCACAGGGGUCGUGGUUUUUAAGAUCUCGCAAGGUUUCUGUCAUAUUGGCUGAUGGUCAUGGGGCAACUGAAGCAGUGUUGGAUCUGGAUGCUUUAUCAGGACUUACAGAAAUUAGUUUGGGAACAAAAAAUGAGUCUGGGUUUCAGUUUAUUACAAGGUUUGGGUUGUCAGUUAGAUCAAUCUCAAGUAAAAUGCUUGUUCCAUCACGGAUUGUGACUUUUGUUCCGAGACAUCUUGUAAUCAAUGAAUCAGAAGAGACCAUCAACAUCCGCCAACGCUAUUUUCAGGAUGACUCUGUAGGCGUAAUUACCAUCAAAAGUAAGCAGAGAGCAGCCUUAGUAUUGCAGGAAGAAACUACCCAGAAGAAAGAACUCAAUCUGUUCGAAAAUUUUAUCAGAAAACACGGAAGUGACAAUGCAAAUCCGUUGAUAUUCAUUCAGUUUCGGUUGAACAAAGCAAACUGGAAUUGGUCAGGCCCAUUAUGCAUCACUUCAAUUGGAUGUUUUUUCCUUAAGUUCAGAAAGCAGUCAGGUGAAGCAGGCAGAGGUGCAAUUGAAUUUGCAUCUGUUAAUGUGACGGAAGAAGGUUCAACUCUUGCUGUGCACUUCCAAAAACCACCAAAGACUCCACCACCAUAUCGAAUUGAGAAUUUCUUGCAUUCUGCAUCUCUCACGUACUACCAAAAGGAUUCACCAGAGAUUGAAGUACUUGGACCUAGAAGUGGGGCUGAUUAUGCAUGGGAUGAUAUGACCCUUCCUCACAAGCUUGUAGUUAUAGUAGAUGGCAUGAUACCUCUGCGCGAAGUCAGCUUAGAUAAGGUCCGUCCAUGGAAACCCCUUUUCAAGGCAACUCAGCACAGAAGCAUAGCCUCACACUUAAUGAUGAAAAAAAAGACCAAAGGCCAUAAAACGGUUGACGAGGAAUUGAGUAGCAUACCGAUGGUAAAGGUCGGAUAUGAAGUCUAUGCAGAUGGUCUGACUCGAGUCAUUCGCAUUUGUGAAGUUUCAGAAAGCCUUAAAGGAGACUCAGUAUUCCAUUCUCGUUCGAAAAUUCAAUUCCGAGUACCCCAUUUAGGAAUUCACUUACUUGAAAAAGUGAAGCAAAAUGCAGAGGAGAAAACCGUCGUCUCUUAUUCUCCGAUCCUAGUGGCAAGACUUGACAAUGUUGGUCUACAUUCCAUGUUCACUGACCAACAGAACUUUAACCAAUUAUGUAUAGAGGCUCUGAAUGUCGAUUACAAAUGGGAAGGCGCGCCCUUUGCAGCCAUGCUUCGUCAGCAUCAAUCAAGGUCAAGUGACGCAAAUGAUUGUCUAUUCAAAGUUGUUUUCGUUCUAGUAUCAAGUGGUUCCAGUGUCACACAAGUCAAGCACUCCUCAAUAAUCUUACAGCCAGUCAAUUUGAACCUAGAUGAAGAGACUUUAAUGAGAAUUGUGGCAUUUUGGAGAUCAUCUCUCAGUACAAAUACGCAAAGUAGCCAAUAUUAUUUUGAUCAUUUUGAAAUUCACCCAAUUAAGAUUACUGCCAAUUUUCUUCCUGGGAGUUCAUAUUCGAGCUAUAAUUCAUCUCAAGAAACUCUGAGGUCAUUGCUGCAUAGUGUGGUUAAGGUUCCAGAGAUUAAAAAUAUGGUUGUAGAGCUAAAUGGUGUACUGGUCACUCAUGCUUUGAUAACAGUGCGUGAACUACUUCUCCGAUGUGUAAAACAUUACUCAUGGUAUGCAAUGAGAGCAAUCUACAUUGCAAAGGGCAGUCCGUUGCUUCCGCCAGCUUUUGCAUCCAUGUUCGAUGAUUUUGCAUCAUCCUCUCUUGAUGCCUUUUUUGAUCCCUCUCGAGGCUUGGUCAAUGUCCCUGGUUUGACAGUGGGCACCUUCAAACUCCUCAGCAAAUUUAUAGACAACAAAGGAUUGUCAGGGACAAGACGUUACUUUGGCGAUCUUGGGAAAACUCUAAGAACAGCUGGAUCCAAUGUCAUCUUUGCUGCUCUCACUGAAAUCUCCGACUCUGUUCUGAGAGGUGCAGAAAUGAAAGGUGUUGACGGACUGGUUAGCGGUUUCCACCAUGGAAUCCUUAAAUUGGCAAUGGAACCUUCGGUGAUAGGAACAGCUUUGAUGGAAGGUGGACCUGAUAGAACAAUUAAGCUUGAUCGUAAUCCCGGUAUUGAUGAGUUAUACAUCGAAGGAUACCUUCAAGCUAUGUUGGAUACAACGUAUAGACAAGAGUAUCUCAGAGUCAAAGUCAUUGACGAUCAGGUUUUCCUGAAAAACCUCCCACCAAGCAAUUCUCUCAUAGAUGAGAUGAUAGACCGUGUUAAAGAAUUUCUCGAAAGCAGGGGAUUACUCAAAGGAGAUCCCUCAAGCUCUCGUCCUCGUCGCCGUCUCCAUGGAGACAAGGAAUGGAAGAUCGGACCAACGUUGAUGACAUUGUGUGAACAUCUAUUCGUCAGCUUUGCAAUUCGCAUACUGAAACAGCACGCCACCAAGGCCAUUACAGGUCUUAGGCCAAAGAAAGAAGAAGCAGAUGCUGAGACUAGUGACACUGGUUCCAGUAGUGCAAUUGUACCGGUAAUGAAUGAACAGAAGAAGAAGAAAAUGAAGUUCAUGUGGAAAGCAGGUAUUGGGAAUUUUGUGGCUUCAGGUAUCGUAGCUUACAUCGACGGACGUUUGUGCCGACAAAUUCCUAAUCCAAUAGCUCGCCGGAUUGUGAGUGGGUUUUUGUUAAGUUUCCUCGAUAAAAGCAGUGAACAAUAAUCACUUCCCUCUGUAAUUGUAAAUAUUCUUCGACAGUAGAACCAUUAUUAUUACUAUAUAAAUAAAAGCAAUAAAAAUCUCCGUACGUUUUCCUCU